AUGUUUUCUCAAGCAUUCACAGUUCUGUUGGGGUGCCUCGCCGUCGUCUCCUCAAGGGAGGCGGUCCGGCCUAUGCCUACGAUAACCAACUCCCUGGUGAACCUCGGCAAAAUGGAAAUCUCAUUUUAUUUCAACGAUCCAAAUCAUCAUCCAAAUCAACCAGAAAGCCAAAACUACAACCAAAUGCCACCUCCAGUAUUCAUUCCCAAAAUGGACACAAUCAUUGAGGAGCCCUGCCUUUGUUCAAGCCUCCGUAGUCCUAAAGACUCCCUCUUAAACAACCCAAGUAGCUUCCUUAACAAAAUACUUAUGCAUAAUGACCUGUUCUCCUUUAACAAAGAUCCACUGUCUUCUACACUAUGCUGUGAUUCUCACGAGCAAAUACAAGAAGGAACUAUUGUUUUCGAAUUGCCUGCUACCCCGAAACCUAAACCCGGCCCAGCUAGAUCGAAUCUGCCUAUGAUGCCAUUCUUACUCGAUAGUAUAAUCCCAAAUAAAUCGAUGCUACCUCCCCUAAAAACGAAAGCAAUUGAAAUCUUCCUAUUCCCAAAGAAAAAAGAUAUGGCAAACGUAAUGAAUACCUUUGAAAUGGCCAAAUUCUCAAAGAAGAAAGACUCCAUUGCAAAAGAGGGUAUCACAGUUGUUGGAGAUAAAAAAAUUGAAAAUAAUGUUAGUUUCUUCAAGCCACCUCCUCCGGUAAGGAAGGAGUCAACUGCUCAGAUUGUAGUGACUAAAGAUAAUGAAACUGAGAAGCCUGCUGAAGACGAUAAGAUUCUGGUAGAACCUGCAAACAAGCCUAAUGCAGUGUAAAUUAGAGAUGUAGUAAAUA